UUGGCCACCAAAUUUUUGGGCAUUGUGUUGUUAGAUAAUUGUAACAGUGUAUGAUUAUAUAGAUUUUUCGUGCACCCAAAGGGCUAACAUACGUUUUUAUUGGACAAACUUGCCCACUAAAGAACUGGCUAGCUAGGCGCAGACUUUAUACAUGCUAGUUGUAAUUGUUUUGUUAGCUGAUUGUCUCUUCGCAACAAGAAAUGGUUUCUACUGGUUCACCAGUUCCGCCGUCCCCUAGUCCUACGCUAUCUAAGCAGUCUUAUCAGUCCUUAAGAGACCAUGAUGAAGAACCCUAUGAAGGCUUGGCAACGUCUAAGGGAAAGCUGGUUAGCUUGUCUGUGUUUACCAUACAACUUGUUCUCGCAGUGGUCAUCUUAGUGUUUUAUGGAGCUUCGGCAGCUAUGAGGGAUGUAAGUGAAGCAGGCUUAAUUUGCAUCGCCAUGACCGCUUGCACAGCGGUGGUACUGGUUACACCUGUCAUUAACCAGGUUGCUUGGAAAACCGCGGAUAACAACACCGAUGGUUAUAGCGCCAGGCCGGAACAAGCUAUAAUUUCUGCCGAGCGAAAGUUUCAGCACUUGAUAGUUGCUAUACUAUACGGACUAUCGAUAUCGCUCCUGUUGCUGAUUGGUUCAAAUCAACAUAAAGCUCUCAACAUUACCUGCGUGGUUCUGGGUUCGAUGACCUGUGUAUCGCAUCUGCUUUACUCGAUCACUCUCUUCGUCCUACAUACAUAAGACAUUUGUAUAACUAGAGCGCUCAAAUCCAGAUAUUUGAAGCACAGAAUUCACUCGCGUACGAAUCUCAGCCGGAUAGUCCAUCCAUAAUGACUAUAUGACAGUAAACAGUCUCAUAGGGCUAACAUUAAUACAAAUAUAUUCUUUUAUUUUUUUUAAUAUUUCCUAAAAUUUGCGCUGUAUUUCGUCUUUUAUAAAAGAUAAUAGAGGGCAGUUGUUAGUUGAGAAACUAAGCUAUUUAGAUAUAAAUUACAUCUCAUGGCGAUUUUAUUUUGAAUCCCAUUCUCUUCAACUGAUUAAGAUAACU